AUGUUGAUAAAGCUCUCAGCAUCAGUUCAAGAUACAUAUAAUGAGGUUUAUGGACAAUCUGCAUCUUUGGAACUCCUCACUCACUUAAAGUGCAAACUAUUUCAAGCUGUCUUGUCCUAUAUCCUCUUACAGCCUGAAAUUCUCAAGGCAUACAGCUCUGGUAUUCUAUUUGACUGCUUGGAUGGAAAAUUAUGCAGGCUCUUCCCAAGGUUUGCUUUUUACUUAGCAGACUACCCUGAGAAGAUGCUCAUUGCUAGCUUGUGUGUUUUAGGCAAAUUCUUAAGCCCUACAGAUAUUAUGCUAACCAAAUUCAACCAUAUGCUUGGUACCAGAGCUGAUCAACAAAGACAAACUCAUAAAUGUAUUGAUGAUACAGUACAGUAA